UCACGUGUUCAAAUUUACUGCUGCGUCACCUGGGGCCUCAUUUGCCCUAUUCAGAUUCAGUUCCCCUUCGCGUCUCUCUUCAAACAAAACAGAACUGAACUCGCUGACUGAAACUCGCAAAAAUUAGGGUUUUGCAGUGAUGGCACUGUCCAACCGCGUCCGAUCGGGAAUCUCUCUCUUCACCAAAUCCACGUUCCUCACUUCCGAGCGAUCCACUCUCCAACGGUUCCUCGUUGCCCCUUCCAUUUCCUUCGCCUCCAGAAAUUACGCCAACGUGCCGGGGCAAAAGGAAAACAAAGUUAAGGUCCCUCUGGCUUUGUUUGGAGGUUCAGGAAACUAUGCCUCUGCUUUGUAUAUUGCAUCUGUGAAAGCUAAUGCAGUGGCAAAGGUUGAGUCUGAGCUUCUGCAAUUUGUUGAGGCUGUAAAGAAUAGUCCCAUAUUUUCACAGUUUAUAAGGGACUUGUCUGUGGCUAAGGAUGUUAGAGUAAAAGUCAUCCAGGAUAUUUGUGGUGAAGCUAAGUUUUCAGACGUUACAAAGAACUUCCUUGUUAUUGUUGCUGAGAAUGGAAGGCUUAAAAACAUAGACACCAUUGCAAAGAGGUUUGCGCAGUUGUCAAUGGCAUAUAAAGGAGAAGUGCAAGCAACUGUGACCACUGUUGUUCCUCUUCCCCCUGAAGAGGAAAAGGCAUUGAAGGAGACUCUUCAGGAAAUAAUAGGUUCUGGAGCAAAGGUUCAUCUUGAACAGAAGAUUGAUCCAAGCAUACUUGGUGGUCUUGUGCUUGAAUUUAGCCAGAAGGUCUUUGACAUGUCAAUUAAGACCAGGGCACAACAGAUGGAGAGGAUCCUCCGUGAGCCUGUAUCGAUUGCCAACAUCUAGAAGACAACAGUUGCUCCUGACAAUCUGUGUUAUCAUGGUUUAAAGAAAGAAGUAUUACAUUCUUGUUCAUUACAAAUUGUGUGGAUCUAUAUUUUUAUGGGAUGGAAUGCCAUCAUUUUGCAAAUAAAAGCUACCUCUUCCCAACUUCUUGUUAUGCUUCAUUGCCAUUUCAGUGUAUCUGAAUAUAUUUUGAUUUGGCAUUUUGAGAUUUUAAUUAGUGGGCUUCUCUCGUAAUCUGGAUGCCUAAUAAUGAUGCUUCUUACUACAAAGUAAAGGAAGAUGAAGCUGUUGUGGAUGGGUACUAUUAAUCAGUAUCAAAUUAACAAGCUACUUUUUGCUAUCGUAAGCUUUUGCGAUGUGAUAUUGGUCGACUCAUUCUUUAAAGUUAGUUGCAUAAAUUGAGAAAUUAUGUAUCCAUCGUCAAUUUGAAGCUUGUUAAGUACUCAAGUUUGUAAGGUACUAUAAUUUUAAAGAAUGAUGAAUAUAUCUUCACUCUUAAUUUA